GCCCCUCCUUCCUAUUCCUCUCUCUUUCUGUUCGGCGACGAAAGGAAAGAUGGAAUACUGUCGUGGAAUCUUUCCUUCAGUCAGGAUAUGAUCAAUGUGACCCCGUUGUCGAUUUCAUUGUGGGCUAGCGAGUAUCCCAAGACCGUGUGAUUUUCGGUGACUGCAGCAAGCCUAACAAUUCUGGCAGAACCGCGAGGAUUCGGGCGAGAUGGUGGAAAGAUAAAUACGUGGGUGUGGAAAGAAGAAGGGAAAAAAGAGGAAGAAGAAAAGAGAGGCUUUUAAAAGGCAUAGAGAAUUUUGAAGAUUGAUGUGCCGGGGUCUAUGUUCCUGGUGUUUCCGUGUCUGUGCCGAUGGAGGACACUCGGAGUCCAGCAAGGAAGAGAGUAAGAGGAAAAAAGAGAAUCGCGAGAGGAAGACGGAGGAGGAGGAAAUAAGACAAAAAGAAGAUGAUGAGGAGAGAAGAAAAAAAGGGGAAGAGGAGGAGAGUAUGAAAGAAGAGAAAAGGAGGAAGAAGAAAGAAGAAUAUAAUAUAAUGAGAGAAGAGAAGGAAAGGGAGGAAGAAAGACGAAGAGAGGCAAAAAGGAGAAAAGCAGAAGAGAAAAGGAAGAAGAAGGAAACGUCCGAGAAGGACAAAGGGGAAGAAGGGAAGAGGGAAAGAGAGGAAGCAGAAGAGAAAGAUGAAAAGGUGCAGAGGAAAGGGGGAGAGCAGGAGGAGGAGACCGGAGAAGCUGAGGGAAAGGAGAAAGGAAUGAGGAAGAACGACGGACUGAAAGACGACUCGGAUGAGAGGGUGGAGGAAGGGGACAGAGGACCCAGGCCCACUCGGCCACGUCCGUAUUGGAUCGACCAUCACGACGACGAAAUGGAACCUUAUGCGACGAAUCGGAAGCAGAUGUACGCUCGGACUGGGUUCAAUCUCCAGAUUCAUCCCGACGGAUCCGUUCGUGGGACCAGGGAACCCUAUUCCCCUUUUGCCGUUCUGGAUUUCACGGCAGUGGCGGUGGGAGAAGUGCAAAUGAAAGGAGCUGCUACCAACCUCUAUGUGGCCAUGAAUCGAAGCGGACUUCUCUACGGCGAGAGCGAUCCGACGGAGGAGGGGACGAUCUGGAUCGAACGAGGUCACGGCCUUUACAUGACCUACCUCUCCAAGAAAUACGCUCAUCGAGGCUGGUACAUGGCUAUCAAAAAGAGCGGGAAGGCGAAAAAGGGUUCGAUGACUUGGUGGCGACAAAAGGCCAUUCAGUUCCUUCACCGUCCUUCCAGGGAACAUUGACUCGACUCCUUCAACCCAUCUGCGCGUUUCUUUGACUCAGGGA